AUGGGCGACCAUUUCAUGUACAUGUGGUUUCAUACAGAUCCUAAAAACACAAUACUUUUUGGCUUCUGGAAUACACACAACGGCGGAGAGAUUGGCUACUCGUGUGUUAUCAUCUUCUUCCUAUCCAUCUUUCUUGAACUUGUUAAAUAUGCUCGAUGGAGGUUUGAUGUAUAUACCGCUAAGAAAACAGAUUUUUAUGAAAAAAAAUAUUUUCAUCAAUUGAUUGAAAUGUACCAUAUAAGUCAAACUCUAUUAUACGGUAUUCAGACAUUGACAAUGUAUUUUGUGAUGCUUGUCUUUAUGACUUUCUCCAUUUGGCUCUGUAUAUCAAUUGUUUGUGGAUUAUCUAUAGGGCAUUACAUGUUUGGUAUUAGAAGAUCUCCUGUAGACACAGUGGAUCCUCUUCAAUUGAAUGAUGAUACUUAUAUAUUGAAUACUACUGGUUACCAAAGAAGUCGCAAAGUCUUGGCUAGGUUUUGA